CCCCACUCCCCACCUCUUCCCCGCCCUCUCCCACUCCCAUUACCAGUUCCUAUUAUUUCACUUUUAACUCCCCCCCUUUAUUUUUUUUUAACCCUCCCUCUGUUUUCUGUCCUCUUGGACUUUAUAUACUGGACUCCUUAUCACUUCCCGCCAGUUGAACAGUCCCCAGAUUAUUAAAAGCAGUUCCUGCAACACCUGCCUUUAUCUCCGCUGCCUUUAUCUCCGGCUGCCUGCUUCGUGCAUUUUCUCAGCACCUGUGUUUCGUAAUUAUUGCCUGUGACUUGAUGAGAAGCGGUUCAAUGUGUGUGUGUGUGUGUGUGUGUGUGUGUGUGUGUAUGGGGGGGGUCACAUCAUCGCUGAUAGUCUUAACUCUCAGUCAACUUUUAACGAUUUUUAACGAGUGCUAUUGAAAAAUUGACCGUAACCCUCAAUUGUUAAAAUCAGGCCAGUGUUCGAUAUUAAACACCGUCAGUAGAGAUUUAUAGGCCACUGAGUGGAAUAUUUAAUGCUCCCUACAGCAGUAGUAUAUGGUGUAACGUACCCUAUAUGAGCUUUAAGUUAGAGUCGCCUCAUUUACACACCGAAAGCAAAGAAAGAACUGACGUGGUGUUAGUGGUGAAGGUCUGCAACACAGAACACUCUCUUCCUGUAUGUAUUUAGAAGCAGGUCUGAUGUGAGGUAGACACAGUGUGGGCCUUCAUGAGAGCUGCAAAUACCAUGUUUUACCCCGUUAAGGUAUUCUUGGAGGAUUCUGUAAUGCCAAUGAGGCACAGCGUGGGAGGGAAUCGGGGCAGGAAACUCUUAUCGCAGCUUGAUGGACACUGGGCCAGCCCUAGGCGGGGAAGGGAGAGGCGUUGGUUCUGCAGGAAAGCAGUGGCGGCUCGACUCCCAGGCCAGUGAUAACUCUAUUCUGUGGGCUGGGAAGGUGACAUCAUGACGGACGACGAUGGGCACCAUUUUAUCUGAGGCUGCCCCCUCUCCCUGUCCCCCCUUCCUCCGUCUCGCAUGGAGGGACACCGGGGUGUACCCAGAGUACCUCCUGCUCCUCGCUUAUCUUGCCAUGCUGCCCCGACUGCUGGCUCCCAUGCGCGUUCAAUGCUCCAGGUUUCCUGGACACAGUAAGCCAUGGGGGUGGGGGUCCCUUUAAAAGCUGCAUGCAUGUGUGUGCAGCCUGGAGAGUGGAAGCACCGGGCCCAAAAGCACAAACGGGUCCGAUACGAGUGGCCCCACAGGCCUGGAAACGUCUGGAAUUUGUGGGGAGAAUCUAAAGAGAGCAGUAUUCUACUGAAACACCUGGGUCAGGACAAAGCCAAAGCCCAUGGCGCCUCAGAGCCUGCCCACAUGUGCGUGCGGCCGGCCUCCCUGGACGCUGGACGUCCUGCUGGCAGUGCUGAGCCGCGGUCUGUUUGCAGUGCACGGCGCCGUCACUGUGUGGCGUGUGGUGGCCGCCACAGGGGAGGCCAAGCACUGGCUGUUGCUCACCGGCGUCGCCCUGCUGGCCGUGGAGAUCGGCGUCACCCUCCGGUGCAACCGCAGUGCUGAGUGGAAAUGGUUUUCCCCGAUGGUCUUCCUGUACCUCAGCACCGUCGUCCCGUCUAUUUGGUUCUUGGAGCUGAACCUGCUGCAAACCAACCUGCCGAGCAACAGCUCCAUGGGGAGCGAUCUUCAGAUCCUCUCCCAUAUACCCAUCGUGGCGAGCCUGACAGAGCUGGACCCAGAGAACUGGGUGGCGGGACUGGAGCAGACCAUGCUGAUGGUGCUGGUCCUGGGCCGGUGGCUCAUGCCCAAAGGGAACAUGUCACGGGACCAGCUGUCGCAGCUCCUCAUGGCCUACGUGGGCCUGGGCGCUGACAUCCUGGACAUCUUCGACACCUUCAGGGAGCCGGAGGUCAAAGUGAACCGGGCUGUGGUGCUGGCUGGGCUCGGGCUCUUCACAUGGGCGCUCAUGCAGUUCCCGCUGGUGCUGAACCAAAGCAGCCCCCCUAGCAGCCGCCCGGGCCCCCCCUGCGACUACAGCGAGGCCUGGAGCCUCCUGCUCACCGUCGGCAUGCAAGAUGGACCCUUCCUUGUGUACCGGCUCUAUCUCAUGGCCUGUGAGAACGUGCUCAACCAGCUGAUGAUCUUCUUCACCUGCAAAAACAUCCUUGUUGUCCUCCUAGAAAUAUAUCGCAUAUUGGUGGUCCAGUGUGAGAGGAAAGCACCUAUGAACUCUGGUCAAUGCAGCGAGGAGAUAUGUAGAGAUAAUACAGACCAAAGCAGCCAGCCUUAGGGUAUAUAAAUAAAAUAUUAUAUAAUAUUAUAUAAUACACACACACACACACGCACGCAUGCACACACACACACAGGUUUGUAAAUAUAUCUAUGUGGGGACUCAUUUCUGUGAGCAAAACUCUAAUUCCAACAUGACAUCCUAACCUUAACCCCCACCCAGCCCUAACCUUAACCCCCACCCAGCCCUAACCUUAACCCCCACCCAGCCCUAACCUUAACCAUAAGUAACCGAAUAAAACACAUUAUCUGUAUUACUCUUGGCAUUUUUAGAUUUAUGACUGCAGUCACAGAUUUUAAGUAGGCAUUAUGUUGGUCACUUAUUAAUACUUUUGCAGUUAGUACCUUUACUAAAUAUUUUGAACAGCUGAUGAAAUUGCUGUGUUAAUUACUAAAGGUUAACGAUUGUAAUGCCAACGAUUGUAAUAUACCGUUCUGCUUCAAGUACUUCAUUUUUUUAGUGAAGGAAAAAGGGUAAUAUGUAGACAGAAAUAAUGACAAUGAACCAUCUUUAAUUAUCAAUCUGUAUUUUUUACACUUUACCAUGGCUACGAAAUGCUAAUUUAAUAACUUUGUGGUUAUCAUAAAUUACAAUUCACUUUUAAAUUUGAGCUAUAAAAUGGUUACAGCACACCUGUAAUGACAAAUUCGCGUUCUUAGACCUUAUUCUUCCCAAGAAACAUUAUUUUUUUAAUGGCUUAAAGUGCUGACGUAUUUGAAUCUUUUUUCCGCCACGAGGUGGCAGUGUUAACCUUCCAAGCUUAGUCCUAUUACAGUAACAAGAAAAAGCUGCGUUUAAUGACAGUGAAUGGAGAAAUGAAACAUUUCCCUUCCAUAACUUCAGAAACCGAACAUUGGUCAGUAUAUUGACUGUCUACUUCCAGCUACUCACAUGCAAUCAGAGUAAUGCAGUGACAUUAAAAUGACAAAUGACGGUGUUUAUAUUAAAAUCUAUAAUAUGUAAUUAAAUGUGCAUUCAGAAAUAUAGAUUAAGUGUAUUUAAGGUGUAGUGUUAUGGAACAGCCACUGCCUAGUCGAUGCGUCGCUGAAAGACGCCCCCACGUAAGGCGUGGGCUUGGUUAGACACACGGCAUUACAGGGAAUCAUGAGCAUUUCGUGGUUCCGGUGCUCGGGGGGGGCGGGGGGCUUCUCGCUGUUUGGCCUAUUAAAAUAUCGCACACUCGACUUUUGUCUCCACAUUCCCACCGAGGGCUACACUCUUAAGAAGUGACAGUAGAUCAGAUAUUUUCUUUUUCAGCCGCAGAGUUAUCAGCGUUUGUUUGUCGAGAUUGUUUAGACUCACUGCGCUCAGUAUUUUCCACCGCAGAACCAUUUCCUCUAGUUUAUGAAUCACUUGAGUGACAAGCAUAAGCAUGAGAAUAAAAAGUGCAGACUGUCAAUGCAGAAGGAUGCUUCAGUUUCCUCUGAAAGCCCAACACGCAGGUUACCGUUUCUGGGAGAGGAGAAUACAAACAGGUCAUCUUAGUGUAAAACCCUUAGUGCCCAAAGACCCUCCUAAGCUGAUUGUUUAAGUCUGAAUCCCGUACCUGGAGAAUGACGACCAUCAGUUAUAGGAAGGAUACGCUUUAUUUCUCUAACACCAAAAAAAAGUAACAACAAACCAGAAAAGUGAGUUAAGGGGUUUCCCUGAAUACCGCUGGAGCCUUACUAUGCGUUUCCACAGCGGAGUUCCGGAACCUGGUCCCGGUUUAUGGGAGCCUGGGCUUUCUGGACCGGGAACUUGUGUAACUCCUGGCAAGGGCGUAACUUUGUGGGGGGGGGGGGGGGUUGAGGUUUCCACCCAUUAUGGGAAAAACAUGAUUAUUGGGAGGAUUGUAUUAGCUGGUUUUGGUUUAUUGGGGGAGGGGGGGGGGGGUUACAACCCCCCCCCCCCACACACCCCACGUAAUAUACGCCCAUGGCUCCACUUCUCUGUGUCGCCUUCACACUGCAUAACGGAACUGGGACCUUUAUGCUAAAUAAUCAUGAGAGACACGAAAAGCUUGUAGGUUAAACAGAAUUUUCUCACGAAACUACACUGCCACACUGUAACAGUGGAGGAUAAUUAUGAGGUUAUUCAUUAGUUAUUGGGCCAGCUGAUCGAUUUUUCAUUUUCCACAGAAUAAAAAACGAUGUAACAUUAUCCUGCUAAUAAGCGCUGGCAAGUUUACAUAAAAGUUUUUAGAUAAAGUGUAUUGGUUAUGCACAAAUGCAUAUGGAGAUGCAAGUAAAAAUUUAUUAAUUGAUGUAUUAAAUGUAAUUGUGGUAUAGAAAUUAUUCCAUUUGCUUACUUUUGCUCCGCUAAAUUUCUUUCUCUGCACUUCCGUGUAGGUUCCAUGUUAGCGCCGGUGCUUGUGGUCAACCAAUCAGCAACCAAUCAGCAACCAAUCAGCAACUAAUCAGCAACCAAUCAGCAAGCUAUGGCUGUAAGCACCAACCAAUCAGCGAGCUAUGGCUGUAAGCGCCAACCAAUCAGCAAGCUAUGGCUGUAAGCGCCUCCCCUGUAGUCCGAGUCUGGAGUAGGUACUAAAAAAGGGUUUCCGGAAUUACCUCUGAAGAACUACAAUUGGGCCGAGUUCCUGUGGUGUGAGUCCCUGGUUCUGGAAAAGGUUCUGGUGGUGUGAAAGCACCUACUGCUUUAGGAGGAUUUCAUGCUUAAAUCAAAUCAGGGCUUUUUAAAAUUUCAACCAACUUUAAAUUCACCGUCAGGCCUUCAGAAACGCACCUCUGAACAU